AAUAAAUGAUUUGUAGUUGAAAUCAGAUUUUUCUAAAGGUGAUGGAAUUCAUACAGCUCAGUUCUGUUGUGCUAAUGGAAUCAGUGUGACAGUGAUGCAGAUUAUUCUUAUCAGACCUCCCUGCUCUCAUCAGCUGUUUUAUUGGCCUAAACUUAGAAACAGCGGCGCUGACCAAUGGGACGCUGUAGUAUGAGAGUCAAUAACCUGCUACACAAAACCUCACUGUGUGCCAAAAAUAGAACAGACCCAAACACACAAAGUCAAGUGAUGCCUGAAUGACACAUUUCCUGAAUGACCACCCACAUGUGGGCUUAUCUAUUAGUGGGAUACAGUUCAUUCAUGGCAUCCAUCCUCCCUGACGGUCCCGCAGCUGGAGCGGUCCUCACGCUGAGCAUCGUAGGAGAGACCGGCCUCACUUUCAAAAGGAUGUUCGGGACGUUUUGUUGUUCAGGACAGUUUUAAAAUCUAUGGACGGUGUGGAGGUUGGUCAAAGUUGGGAGAGUCUUGUGAGUGUAGAACAGAUGUAGCGUCACAGGUGGCAACAAGUGCAGGACUUAUCAGGUGCAGCGUAAGUUUGAUUGCGACACAUCGAGGAGACAGAUUAGAGCAGCGUCAGGUUAAAACUAAUCAAGGUUUGAAAGGCGUGUUCUUAUCUACGCUAUGGAAGUGAUGUGAAGGCUGCACAUCACCCCCCCCCCCCACUCUACCAGGGGGCAGCACUUAAAGCUGAAGCCCAGGUGAGCUCAAGACACACAGAGGAUGGACUCAUCACACAGACAGCAGUCCAUGGCUGAUCAGGACAAAUUCAAGGAUGACCACCAUCAGAAACCUGCAAAAGAAAAGGCCGACGCGAGUGCGGCACAUUCCACUGUCACUUUGACUAAGGAGGAGCAGGAGGACUCAGACCCAUGGGAUCUGCCGGAACUGAGGGACACAGGGGUCCCGUGGUCAGCUCUGGACACCAGAGGGAAGCUGCUCCGAGUGCUGGCGUCCGUGGCCAAGUUGGUGGUGCUGCUGGGUCUCCUCUACCUGUUCAUCUGCUCCCUGGACAUCCUCAGCUCGGCCUUCCAGCUCGUUGGAGGUAAAGCAGCGGGAGACAUCUUCCAGGACAACUCGGUGCUGUCCAACCCGCUGGCCGGUCUGGUCAUCGGAGUACUGGUCACGUUACUGGUCCAGAGCUCCUCCACUUCCUCCUCCAUAGUUGUCAGCAUGGUUUCCUCCGGGUUGCUAACGGUGCAGGUGGCCGUUCCCAUCAUCAUGGGCACCAACAUCGGGACGUCCGUGACCAACACGCUGGUGGCGAUGACACAGGCCGGUGAACGCAGCACCUUCCGCAGGGCUUUCGCGGGCGCCACGGUCCACGACUUCUUCAACUGGCUGUCGGUGUUGGUGCUGCUGCCGCUGGAGGUGGCCAGCGGGUAUCUGUACGUGGUCACCAAGCUCAUCAUCGACUCCUUCCACCUGGAGAGCGGCGAGGCCCCGGACCUGCUCAACGUGAUCACCGACGUGCUCACCGAGUCCAUCAUAGAGCUGGAUGAUUCGGUCAUUAAAGGGAUCGCCACCGGCGACCCGGAGGCUCGGAACAAGAGUCUCAUUAAGAGAUGGUGCCAAACCUUCACCAACACAAGCCUGAUGAACGUCACGGUUCCGGGUCCAGACAACUGCACCUCUCCGUCGCUCUGCUGGGUCGACGGCAACGACACCUUCACGCUGAAGAACGUUUCUGAAACAUACUACAUUAAGAAAUGUACGCAUCUCUUCGUGGACGUGAACCUGUCCGACCUGGCCGUGGGCCUGAUCCUGCUGGCGCUGUCCCUGCUGGUGCUCUGCUCCUGCCUCAUCCUGAUCGUCAAGCUGCUCAACUCCAUGCUGAAGGGCCAGGUGGCGGCGGUCAUAAAGAAGAUCCUCAACACCGAUUUCCCAUUCCCCUUCGGCUGGGUCACGGGAUACAUCGCUAUUUUAGUCGGCGCUGGGAUGACCUUCAUCGUGCAGAGCAGUUCGGUUUUCACCUCUGCCAUCACUCCACUUGUUGGUAUUGGGGUCAUCAGCAUAGAGCGAGCAUAUCCACUGUCCUUAGGCUCCAACAUUGGGACGACCACCACGGCCAUCCUGGCAGCCAUGGCUAGUCCCGGGGAAACGCUGGGUAACGCUCUGCAGAUCGCCCUGGUGCACUUCCUGUUCAACAUCUCCGGCAUCAUCCUGUGGUAUCCCAUCCCCUUCACCCGCCUCCCCAUCCGUCUGGCCAAGGGUCUGGGCGACAUCACGGCCUCCUACCGCUGGUUCGCGGGCGUCUACAUCAUCUGCUGCUUCUUCGUCCUGCCGCUCUUCAUCUUCAGCCUGUCGCUGGCGGGCUGGCAGGUGCUGGCCGGCGUGGGCGUCCCGCUGCUCGUGCUGCUCAUCGCCGUCAUAGCGGUCAACGUGCUGCAGACGCGGCGGCCCGGGUGGCUGCCGGCGCCGCUGCGCUCCUGGGACUUCCUCCCCCGCUGGGCGCACUCGCUGGAGCCCUGGGACAGAGUGGUGGGCGUGUGCACCGCCAACUGCUGCUGCUGCUGCAAGUGCUGCCAGUUUGCUGCCGAGGACCAGGGGCGCGCGGCGGCGUACGACAACCCGGCGAUGAGCGGCGACAAAGAGGCGGGGACGGACGUCGAGAUUCUGAAAAUGACCUCGCUGUGAGAUUUUACGCGUGGAUGAAUGAAGAUCAGUCAUUGUGUGCACGAGAAGCUGCUCAGAAAAGGAAACUCCGCAGUAACUUAUUCAAGGAAAGAGGAGGAGGUAAAAUCCUAAUAAACCAGUUGUAUGUGAUUUUAAGUGACUUGAAGGAUCACAAACAGCUGGUUUAUUACGCUGCCUAAGAUACAGGGAGGACGCACCUGCUGCGUAUUAAUAGGAGCAAAGUGAACAUAUGAGGAAGGCAAUAGGAACAGAUUUGCAGCAGUGACUCCGCGGGGUCAGCACGUGCUGCAAGGUCACGCUUUGAGCCGUUACAGAGUUAAAAUCACAACUGUACAGUUCAGGACAGUUUGUUUCCACGUUCUGUUUGUAGCAGAUUUUGUUUUUAGGGAGAGCCUGUUUUGUACCGUGGAUAGAGACGCAUUAAGAGACGCAUCGUUUUAAGGUGUAACAAUAAUUUUGUAAUUUAAGAACGAUAAUUGUAUUCAAGGAAUAUAUGGUUCAAAAUGACCUCGUGAUUUUAAUAUUCAAUGUUUUAUUAUCAUACAAAGAAUAAAAAGACUGAUUCCCAA